AUGGUCCCGGUGCCCAACAGCACGGCGGUGACAUGGCCGGAGCCGGAGCAGUCGCCCUGCAUGGUUGGCAUCUUCCCUGUCGUGUACUACAGCGUCCUGCUGGGCCUGGGGCUGCCAGUGAACGUCCUGACAGCCGUGGCCCUGUCCCGCCUGGCCACGAGGACCAAGAAGUCAUCAUACUGGUACCUGCUGGCCCUCACCACCUCCGACAUCCUCACCCAAGUCUUCAUCAUCUUCGUGGGCUUCAUUCUGCAGACGGCCAUCCUGGCACGGGCGGUGCCUCGCGCCUUCAUCCACAUCGUCAACGUUUUGGAGUUCACGGCCAACCACGCCUCCAUCUGGGUCACCGUCCUGCUCACCGUGGAUCGCUACGUGGCCCUGUGCCACCCGCUGCGGUACCGCGCCGUCUCCUACCCCCGCCGCACCCGCAGGAUCAUCGCCGCCGUCUUUGCCGUGGCUCUGGCCACCGGCAUCCCCUUCUACUGGUGGCUGGACGCCUGGCGUGACGCCGAUCCACCCACCGCACUGGACAGGGUGCUCAAAUGGGUGCACUGCGUCACCAUCUACUUCCUGCCCUGCAGCAUCUUCCUGGCCACCAACUCAGUCAUCAUCCACAAACUGAAGCAGCGCGGACGCUCCGGGAGACGCCGGCUGCACCGGGGCAAAACCAUGGCCCUCCUCCUGGCCAUCACCACUGUCUUCAUCGUGCUCUGGGCUCCCCGCACUGCUGUCAUGAUGUGCCACCUCUACGUGGCCUCGGUCAAGCGGGACUGGCGCGUGCACCUGGCCCUGGACAUCGCCAACAUGGUGGCCAUGCUCAACACCACCCUCAACUUCUUCCUCUACUGCUUUGUCAGCGAGACGUUCCGCCGCGCCGUGAGCGAGGUGCUCUGUGGCCACACGUGGCAUGGCCUCCGCCACAGCGGCGCCCGCUUUGUGCCCCCAGCCCCGAGCCCACUGCAGCUGCUGGGCACGGCGUGCUCAGCAGGGUGCUGCCACCAGCCGAGGGUCUCGGUGCUCACCCAGCACCCAGUGGGAUCACGCUUGAGGGAUGCAGCCCCGCUGUGCCCACACCCGCAGAGCUGCGGUGCUGGGGGUGGUGGGAGCUCACAGCUGCUCUCCAGCUCCAACGACACAGCAAACCUGCGCCCAGGGCUGGGCCCAGGUGAGCUCUGCAGCCCCGGGGAGGAGGCAAUGUGAUGGGGUCGAGCUCUCCUGCAUAAACUCCGAUG